AUGGAUACCUCCAGGACACCUCCUGGGAGUAACAAACGCCGCCGUAGUCCGCCUUCAGGCCAGCUAUCAAUGGGCUCACAGGGUCAACAGGGCCAGACGUCGCUUCCGUCGAUACACCAGCUCGGUGCAUACCUCCCUCCAACCUCGUCAAUAUCCCAACAUGUCUCCACUGAACCGUCGGCGUACGCGUAUCCUCCUUCCCACUUUCACUCCAACGUCAGCCAGCUCGAUUCCGGAACGUCACAUGCCAUGGGGUCCGCUGCAGCGCGAGACUUGAUGUACUCAGUUGACUCUGACCCUGAUGAUUUGGAACAGCGCGGUCCGCCCAAGAAGAAGCGGCGAAGGCAAGCCUUGAGUUGCACCGGUGAUUACAUUCAACUCUUCGUAAUACGUGUCGUUCCAUUAAUGCUCACUGUUGACUCUAUUCGCGGUUCUCUUAUCGAUUUCGUUUGA